CUUUCGUGUUUUCUGAUGGACAAGAUCAUGAAACCUUCCGAUAAAUGAUAGGGCGCUUAUCUCGGAAGGAGCUCGUACAAAACUGCAGUAUAAUGAUUUUUUCCUACACAAUGAAGAAUGAUAUUUGUAACUUACUUAAAAAAAGGAAGAAUGCCUUGUUUGUUAUUAUAAAUACAUGUACCCUUAACGUUUGUUUCUAGGGCUUAUGCUUCAAAAUUGGAACGCAUAGUUUGGACUUAUAGAUUCCGAAAAAGUCUGACAACCGUAGUAGUUAAGCUUUUCUUCUUUUAGGAUAUAAGAUACGAG